CCAGAUUACCUGUAGUGGUAGCCCAAUGACUGCAAGAGAACGAGAACUAUGAGCUAAUAACGAUAACUACCGGAGGAAAAUACCGAUCUCUGAUUUCACAGUCGCUUGAAUUCCUUAUGGUAACUCUCUUUGCACUACCCGUCCAAGCUAAAUGGACAUAUAAGGCGGUGGCUGAAGGGAACGACCGUAUUUAAUUAAUGCCUGUACUGCAGUUCCUAUAAGCAAGCGCUCUGAUGAUAACUUUAUUUAAUAGUUUUUGCUAAAAGUAACGAAGGCGCACGAAAUAGUACACAGUUCUUAUCAACAGAUGGCGCCUUAGUUAUUCUCAUGACAUAUAGAACGCAUUCCAAAUGGUCUCUCCGUCGCCAGAUCUCCGAUGAGUUGAGGCGAAAGCGUAGUACGAUAUACGGUCAACAGAUGACGCGAGGCACUGUUGGCAGUUAUUGAAGUAACUGCAACAUCAGAUGAGCGGUUAUCACAGUAACUGUUAUUUCUCAGUAACCGGUUAUUUGUAUCACCUACGUUAUUUUUUGCCACCCGUAGUAGGUACAAGUGUCGAGUGUGGUGCAAGUUGAUGGAGUAUGGAGAAAAAGCCAUACAUUGUGUCCGGUGAAGCUCCGGAAUCUGACAGUGGUGGCGAGGAAUUCGCUGUUUCGGAUGCUCCAUUCCAACAGGCUGGAACUUCGAGUGCUAGCAACUUGCAAGGCAUAAUAGUCGCAGGAGAAGCGCCCGAAUCGGACGAGGAACGCGAGGAACCUGGUAGUGUGAGCAGCAUCAGUAGUGCUGCAAGUGUUUCUUCGGAAACUUCGCUGACAACAAAUUUGAAAAAAGGCUAUAAGGGAAAGAAAUCGGAAAGCAAAUACAGCUCAUUGCUGCAUAAAAAAUUGCGUGAGCGUAACAUUUCACUCUAUAAGAAUAUAUCAGAGUUUGCAUACAGCACUCUCACAAGUGCAGGCAGAGAUCUGAACUUGACAAACCAGCAACUUCUCAGAUCGCAGGUACAACUUCAAGAAGCGGCUACCUCUCUUCACAUAUUACAGUCACAUCUCACUCAGCUGCAUACUAAAAUAGCAGCAGUAAGCACUUCUACCUUUAUACCUCAAAUUUAUGUUCAGCAGUGUGAACAGGAAUAGCUAUGAUGAAAUAACAGGUGUGAAAAACUCUCUGUCUGUGUGUCUGUGUGUGUGUGUGUGUGUGUGUGUGUGUGUGUGUGUGUGUGUGUGUGUGUGUGUGUGUGUGUGUGUGGAGGGGGGUUAAAUUAAUUUUAGAAGAAUAAGCUGUAUUAACUAACAAGUGCAUGUCAGCUGCUUGAUAAAGAUAUAUUUUUCUUUAUGUUCUUAUGAAAUAGCACUUACAUGUUGUAAUUAAUAAACAUGGUUUCACUGUUGCAAAGAUCUAACAGAUAUGUAAAACACUGACUCUGUAAUCAUAAUGCAUAUUUUGCACUUACGGUUUACCAAGAGUUACAGGUGUUGGGUUAUGCAUUGGCAAUCGAAGAUCCUAGUAUCCGGUGUGUCGCAAAUGUGAUUUCUUUUUGGUGGGAGCUAAUAUCUUGACAUGAUGAAGGUGAUGACAAUUUCAUUGUCUGGACUAGACUGCUGAAAAGAGUUGGACUUAGUACUGUUCUUACUUUGGGCCUAAAAGAUUCUAAUUCUAAAAGUUUAUUUAGUAUAUGGUACCCACCAUCAAAUUUGUUAUUUGAUGUGGAACAAAUCCAUUCAGCCACCCAAGGACAAUUUAAGGUGAUUAUGUAGAAAAGUGAAUAUUGGUAAUUAAAGAUCACAUUCUAAGAA